CUGAAUCGUCUCUCAUCACUCGCCGGCAAAUUGAAAAAAAAAGUAAAGAGAGAGAGAGAUGACUAAAGACGACGGAGAAAUGGCGGAUGAACAGAAGAAGAAGAAGCCAUGCCGGUUCUGGAUUUGGGCUUUAUCAUCCGUACUUUUCCGAUUGAUCCUGAUCUCAUUCUCGGGAAAUCUCAACCUCUCUUCCCGUCCUGAGGUCUCCACUCCUCUCACCAGCAUCCGCCGCCUUGCUGAAGGUUACUGGUUGAAGCAGGCAUCAAUGUCACCAUAUGCAGGAUCUAUGUAUCAUGGCUCUCCGUUGCUCCUCUCGCUUCUCGGACCUCUCACAGUUCAGAGGAUUAAAGGGCAACCAAGUCACCUCUUUUGCAGCUUGGUUUUUGUUAUUGCAGAUAUAUUGAGUGCAUUGCUUCUUAGAGGUAUUGGUCACAAACUCCAGAUGGCUUAUGGAUUGAAUGCCAGGCUACUUGGCCUUCUUAAGUCGCCAAGGGAUAAAGAAGGGAUCCUACCAUGCGGUGAUAUUGCUGCUCUUGUGUACUUAUGGAAUCCUUUCACAAUCGUAUGUUGUGUGGGUUUAUCAACUUCCCCAAUCGAAAAUCUGGCUGUCAUAUUGGCACUAAAUGGAGCAGUUACUCGACGAGUUCCUCUGGCGGCAUUUGGUUUAGUCAUGGCUACUCAUUUAUCUCUUUAUCCUGCAAUUCUGACUAUUCCUGUAAUCUUUUUAUUGGGAUACGGUUUGGAUGCUCCUCCUCUGAAAUUGUUCCUUCAGACCAGAAAUGUAGAAAGUGAGAACAGAUCAACCUCUUCUGCUUCUAAACAAGCCAAAUCGAAACCGAUUGCAAAACUUCCCUUUCUAUGGAAAACAGUCCUGCACUUCGUGUUCUGGGUACUUGUGUGGUCGCUCUGUGUAAUGGUUUUGUGUAGCUUAUCACUGAGUAAGCAUGGUGGGCUCGAAGAGAUGUUCAAGAGGACAUAUGGUUUCAUUCUCAGUAUCGAAGAUCUGUCACCGAACAUAGGAGUCUUUUGGUACUUCUUUGCAGAAGUCUUCGACUUCUUCAGAAACUUCUUCUUGAUAGUAUUCCACGUCAAUAUACUGUUUAUGUUACUGCCUUUAGCCAUACGGUUGAAACAUCGACCUUGCUUCCUGGCUUUCAUUUACUUGGCGAUCUCCUCACUUCUUAAAUCUUACCCUUCGGUUGGAGAUUCAGCUUUAUAUUUGAGUUUGUGGGCAUUGUUCGUCAAUGAGUUAGCAGAUAUGAAGUUCUCGUUCUUCCUCUUUUGUGGAUAUCUUGGUGUAUCUCUCCUCAGCCCUGUGAUGCACAAUCUCUGGAUAUGGCGGGGCACCGGUAACGCCAAUUUCUACUUUGGAAACGCUAUUGGCUAUACGUGCUUUCAGAUCGUUUUCGUGGUUGAGAGCGUAAGCGCAAUGCUGAACCAUGAUCGGGCGCUGAAGAAAUGUAACUCAAACCAUCAGAAGAUCGAGAGCACUAAGCCAUCUGAAGGUAAAUUGCACCACACGUGAAGAAGAUAAUUUGUCUUUAGCCUAGUGGUGCGAUUAGUUCAACCGCAAUCGCCUAACGCUGGCUACAUGUGUUUGUGUUAGUUAUUCUGUUUAUGUGUUUGAAACAUAAGAUCUCAUGUACCUUGCAACUAAAGUAACCAAUAGUUUACUAUUACGCUUUAGUAAACGUGACAAGUUGAGAA